GUGGGAUAAAAGGCAGCCUUUAAAGUCACAAUGCUCCCGGGUCACAGAGGUGCUGGGCCUUAGGCCAGACCUCUGCCUGGGAAGUUUCCUCUGGGAACGGCUUCUGGUGGGUACUACGGGCCUUAUUCCAGGCCAUAUGGCCUGUGGGACCUCACCACUGGGGGGAAGCCUGGGCCGGACAGAGUUAUCACCUGUGGCACUGGCCCCAUGGCUGAGGUGGAGUGGAUACACAGACAUCCAAAGGCCGAGGACCUAAGGGUUGGGCUCAUCAGCUGGGCAGGAACCUACCUCACCUUUGGAGCGUAUAAGAGUACAGUCACAGCUACUGCAAAGAGUUUGGGCAGGAGACAGACCUGGGAGCUCCUGGUGAGCAAUGAACAUGACGCGCAGGCCGUGAUACGACUAAAAAGCUUGCAGGGCCUCUACCUGCUGUGUGAAGCAGAUGGUACUGUGUGCUAUGGCAGGCCAAGGACUAGCCACCACGGAUGCUUCCUGCUCCGUUUCCACCGAAAUGGCAAAUGGACCCUCCAAUGCAUUAUCUCUGGCCGCUAUCUGGAGUCUGAUGGUGAGGAUGUAUUCUGCAACUCCAGGGUCCUCUCAGCUUACCAUAUGUGGACCCCUAGACCAGCCCUGCAUGUCCACGUGAUCCUCUACAGCCCCACCUACCGCAGCUAUGCUCGAGCCGACCACACCGUGGGCCGAAUCUGGGUUGACGCAGCAACCCCCUGCCUAGAGGAGUGUGGGUUCCUGUUACAUUUUCACGACGGAUGCUAUCACCUGGAGACUUCGACACACCAUUUCUUGUCUCGUGUAGACCGGCUGGUCCCUCACCGCUCAUCAAAGACAGCUUUCCACAUGCAAGUGCGGCCUCGGGGGCUUGUGGCACUGUGCGAUGGAGAAGGAGGCACAUUAUAUCCACAGGGCACACAUCUACUCCUGGGCCUGGGCUCCAGUCCUAUAAGGGGUGAGGAGUGGUUCGUCUUACAACACUUCCCAACCUGGGUCAGCCUGAAGUCAAAGACACGGAGGUUCAUCUCAGUCGUCUAUGAUGCUGAGGUGUGUGCCGCCUCUGAGCGCUUGACCCCGAUGUCCUUGUUCCAGUAUGAAUGUGACAGUGCAAGCCCUACCUUACAACUCCGUUCAGCCAAUGGCUACUACCUAGCCCAGAGGCGCCACAGGGCCAUCAUAGCUGACGGGUACCCCCUGGAAUCUAACACCUUCUUCCGUGUGCACUGGAACUGUGGCAGAGUUAUCCUGCAGUCCCCCAGUGGGCGUUUCCUGAGCAUUGCAUCCAAUGGCCUGCUGAUGGCAAAUGCCACCAUCCCAGGCCCCAACGAGGAACUGGAGAUUAGAUUUGCCAAUCGCCCGUUUCUCAUCUUGAGAGGGCGGUAUGGGUAUGUGGGCUCCUCCUCAGACCGGGACCUGAUGCAGUGCAACAUGGAUCAGCCUGACUGCAUUCACCUUCUGCCCUGCCGCCAGGGCAUCUACCAUUUUCAGGGGCGGAUCCUUCUGGUCAAUAACAUCUUUUGGCACCUUCCGCCCUUGGGGAAAAUUCGCCCUCAACUUCUGUAUAGAACUUCAGGGGAGCAACUUGCUCACGGUGCUGGCGCCCAACGGCUUCUACAUCCGAGCCGACCGAAGUGGCACACUAUUGGCAGACAGUGGAGACAUUACCAAAGAAUGUAUCUGGGAAUUUUAGGUCAAUGGGAUGCUGCCUGCCAAAUUCUAAAUCCCCCAGGCCUCCAGGAACAACUUCUAGCUAAACAGGACAGAAGACCCCGAGUCAAGAUCCAAGAGGAGAAGACAUGUUGUACAAUUUUUCCUACUGAGUUAGCAAAACACCUGUUUCAAGCGACAAUACAUCACAGCAGGCCACCCCCAAGACCCGUAUGUGCAUCUGACUGAAAGGACACAUGUGCGUCUGAUUUGGGAGACAUAGGGUCUAGACUGCCACAUUUUCUCUCAGUGUAGAAUGUGCAUGCACAUGUGAAUGACAUGAAGGUGGAGGGGAACUAUGAGGAAGGAAGAGGUCUAAUGGGAGGGGCAAAGAGAAGGGAGGUGAAGGACAGGAGAGGACAAAUGGCGCAGGUGUUCUCUCGUAUGUGGGAGUUAGGUGUAAAUGUGCACUCAUACAUACACAUGCAUAGAUAUGUGACAUGAGAGCAGAAAGGGAAGGAAAGGGGCCUUUGAAAAGGGGGCUAUCCUGGUC